AAGCAUUCGGGAAGUAGGCGAUUGGGCGAAACGUUACAAACAGUGAAGUGAAGUAGGCGACAAUAAAAAGGAGACACUAAAGAAUCCGAAAAUGCAACCUCCUCCCAGAAAGGUGAAGGAGACCCAGCAGGUGAAGGUGGCCUUUGCAGAGCAGGUGGGGCGUCUGCAGAGCAAACAGCAGCAGGAGGUAGAACUCCUGGAGGACAUCAGGUCCUUCAGUAAACAGCGUGCUGCCAUAGAACAAGAUUACAGUCAGGCUCUCCAGAGGCUGGCCAUACAGUUCCAGAGGAAAGACUGGCAAAGAGGCAAGGGAGACUCUUUGAACUCUGGGAGUGUGUUUGCUGUGUGGAGGUCUCUGAUUGAGGCCACGGCACAGAGUGGAGCGUGUCGUCUCACGGCGGCCGACGGAUAUCGCUCACUCACUGCCAACGCUCUGAAGAGCCUGAGGGCAGCCAAGGAGCUGAAGGCCAAGAGGGGUCUAGAGCAGCUGCAGAGGGUACAGGGUGAGGUGGUGGAUGCACUACGGGAGCUCCACAAAGUCAAGAAGAGAUACUACCAGAUGAGUCACAUGGCUAACGUGGCCAGGGAGAAAGCUGCUGAUGCACAGGCCAAAUUCAAGAAGAGUGACCAUGGAAUUUUCCAUUUUAGGACAGGCUUGCAGAAAAUGAGUUCAAAGCUGAAUACCAGGCUGAGGGAGUGUGACCAGAGACUGACAGAGGUGCGUAAUGAGUACCUUCUGACGCUGUCUGCCAUCAACUCCCAUCACCAGUACUACUACACUGCAGAGCUGCCUGCCAUCAUGAGGAGACUGGACAGUGACCUGUAUGAGCGAAUCCGAGAACACUUCACCCUCCUGUGCUGCACAGAGAUCGACACCUGCCAGUCCACGCAUAGUAACUUUAGCAAGAUCUGCGAGAACUCCACCAAGGUGUCUAGAGAACGGAACAUCCAGAUCUUCCUCCAGGAGUCCCCGGUCUUCACCAGAACAGCCGGCUUUCACUUCCAGGUUGCCCCUGAAGACAAGGUGUGCAUUCUGAAGCAACAGAGCUCCAGUGCUGAGGGGGAGAGCUGUUUGGACAAGGAGGCCCGCAAGUGGUCCGCUAAGGCUGCCAAAGACUACAAGAUCAUCACUCACGGAGAGAGGGCCCUGCAGAUGCUGGACAGGCGUUUCAAACUGCUUUCAGGAGACACAGGAGUCAAUGUGGAACAGAAGAUGGUGGAGGUGAAGGAGAGUGUGAGGAAAUCCCAGGUGAGUCGGGUGAAGGCGGAGUCCAGGCUGGCACUGCUGGCGUCGGCGGGGGUGGAUGUGGAGCCAUGGUUGAGCAGUGCCAUGACCCAGGCAGACGAGGAGCUGGAAAGGGACAGGAGGCUGAGCGAGGCACGCAUGUCCAACGGAGACAUCUCAGAGGACGAGUUUGAGUUCACAGACUUCGACGACUACGAUGAAGAUGGUGACACUUUCAUCGAUUCAACUUCCUGCUCAGUGCCGUGUGGAUACCCCUUGGCUUGCAGGGUUCUCUACAGCUAUCAGGCCUGCCAAGGAGAUGAGCUGUCAAUCACAGAGGGGGAAGAGCUUCAGGUGAUAGAGGAUGGAGACAUGGAGGACUGGCUGAAGGCCCGUAAUGCAGCAGGCCAGGUUGGCUAUGUCCCUGAGAGGUACCUGCAGUUCCUGUGGUCACCAGGAGAGGGCUCCUCUGUCUGCCUGGCGCAGGGCUUCCCUGGUCCCCAGCUGGACUGGUCCUUCAACAGCUCCAGCUCCUCAUCAGAACACUCCAAGAGGCAGCAGGGCCGCUCACCUCACUCUGGGGGUCUUGCGCGGGCUCUGUAUGAGUACCAGGGCCAGGGUCCAGAGGAGCUGUCCUUCCCAGAAGGGGCGGUCAUCAGGCUGUUGCACUGCCGCCAGGGAGAGGUGGACGACGGCUUCUGGGAGGGAGAGCUGGACGGACGCAUGGGGGUCUUUCCUUCUCUGGUGGUGGAGCUGCUGGGAGAUGGGGAGGAAGAGGAAGAGGAGGAAGAGGAGGAGGAGGAGAGCCUUCCAACCCCUACUCUUCCUCCAUUCUCUCCACCCAUCCCUAUCUCUGGAACACCUUGCAGUCUCCUCUGCUCCUCAUCUGGCCAUAAGUCCUGGUCUAUAAACAGUACGCCCCCUAAGGACCCGGAGGACAGGUUGCAGGCUUCUUUCUCACUGAAAACACAGAGCCUGUCAGACAGCAGGGCAGAGAGUGGAGGCAGCACACACAGCUCCCCUGACCUCUCAGCCAGGAUUCAACCGACAAGGGCUCCCCCUCUUCCCCCGACUCAGAGACACUCCCACAUGCCCUGAGGAAGCAUGUGUGGGGGAGUCUUCAGAAGAGACAGAGUGGACACCACAGGAGAUUCUUGUGCCUUCACUGAAAGGAUUAAACACACCAUCACAGGGACGUACAGUACAUAGCUACCAGGUGAGCUCUGUCUCUACUUGACAGGCUACACUAUUAAUGAAAGUCAGUAUUCUUGUAUAGUUUAUGUGAUAAUAUGUCAAAAACAUGGCUUCAUCUGUCUCAGAGCUUCAGGGACAUCAUUCACCAGUUUUCAGAAGUAUUACACUAUCUUUUAGGAACUGAUGUUUAUAAUUUGCGUAUGAUAAGAUAUAGGGUUAUUUGAGAUCCUGUAGAAAAGUGCAGUAUUGUGGUUCAAAUAAACUUGUGCCUGAUGUUUUUACCUUGCAUUAUAAUGUACUGUAUUAAUUCUACAGUAGUAAACCAUAUUCUACAUUUCAUGUUCUAUUUCCAUGAGAACCAGAAUCAAACAUGGACACUGAGAUGUAUUAAACAAUCUUCCUGUUGUGUUUGUGCUUGUUAAUAUCUUACUUAUGAAUUACAGGAUGGUUGACGUAUCAGAAAGGAAUGUUCGAACAAUACCAAAUUGUUUUAAGUCCACCGCAACAAUUAGUCAUAUGAACACAAAGGUCAAAUGCAUAGCUUUAAUAUAUACUUAGUCUGAUUCCUUAAGAAUUGUUCAUUGUACAGCUACAUUUUCACAUUUGAUUAAUAGUAUGCAUAUAGUAUACAUAUGUUUUCCUCAUGAGUUAUUUCCAGCUUCUGUCAAUGAAGACACAUGCAAUAUAUGAUUCUAAGGCCAUUACAAACACAUGUAUAUAUAGUUUACACUCAGUGGACACAGUGUAAGACUAAGGAGUUAGAUCAUUGCUGUGAACAGAUAAUGCACGUAGCAGCCAUGACCAGCAGAGGAGACCACAUCCUGGUAACACAAACAGGAAACACCUUCGACUUCACAAAAAUAAUACUUUGAAUGGUGUGCUUUUGUUUGCCAGUUCAUUUGAAAACAUGAAAUCUUCAUUGAAAUCAGUCAUAUUCUGUGCUUAGCAGAGCUAUAACCAGAUAUACUAGCGUUCACAUGUGUAGUUACAGUACUGUUCGCUGGUGAAACAUUUAUGACUGUGACAUACAAUCAGAUAUAUACAGUAGUAAGCUUUUCAUUUCUUGACCGUUUCACAUCUCUGAUGUAUAUUAAAGUAAACAUGUCUAAUGCAUAUAAACGCC